CAAUUUCCUUUAUGUCUCCUUAUGAAUUUCAUAAAUAUUUCCUGGUCACCUUUCCAUCACACCAGGUCUCAACAAUUAUAAAAAACAUGUUUCUACCGAGUGCACAUGAUGUGAAACUUUGAACAGAUUAUCCGGACACUGGUGACUACACCUACCAACAGGACAUGUCCUCUUCUGACAAAUUGUCUGCAGAUGAUGUUCUCAAUACGUUGGAUAAAAGCAAUCGUCACAUACUGACUUGCAUUCUUGUAUGUGGAUUAGCAUGGUCACCUCUUGCAUUCACAGGACUUUGUCCAUCUUUUGUUGUCAAAGCAUCAGAAAAUUCAAGUUUUAUUGGAGUUGCUGAUGAAUUUGAUUUAACAGGAGAUGCCUCAUGGCUUGCAGAAAGUACAACUACAUUUUAUAUGGUUGGAAAUAUGAUUGGAGGAAUGUUCAUUCCACCAUUAGCUGAUCAUUACGGAAGGCUUCCUGUUUUUGUGGCAACGGUUUUGUUGAUGGCAGUUGGUGGAAUGAUUUCAGCAUUUUCAACAUCAAUUAUGAUGUUUUGUAUAAUGAGAAUGAUUCAUGGGAUAUUUUAUACAGCUGCUGGUCUUGCUGGAUGGGUAUUAGGAUACGAGAAUACUCCACUUCGUCUCCGAUUCUUCACUUCUGUAUAUUUUGGUGUAAUGUGGGUUGUUGGUGCCUGUUUCCUUGGGCUUCUUGCCUAUAUUCUGCCUGAUUGGAGAUAUCUCAUGUUCUGCAUUUCCGUUCCAAACAUUUUCGUGGCUCUUCUCAUUUAUAUGACCGUCCCAGAAAGUCUUCACUUUUUGGUAUCCAGUCAGCAAAAUGAGAAAAUCGAAGCGUGGCUGGAAAAGAUUCGAGGGCCUAAAGGAGAUAUUUCUGCAUCAGAUAUUGUUGAGGAUAGAGAUGAAAAUGGUUCAAGCUUCAAAACUUUGUGUCGGGAAAUGUGGAAACAUAAAAUGUUUAUAGUCUAUGUUCUUGUUAUGACAUACAUUUGGAUCGUAGAUACAUUUAUCUAUUUUGGAUUGGCAUUUUACUCUACGAAUUUGGCAGGAAACCUCUAUUUGAAUUUUGUGCUCAUGAGUUUGGUCGAAGCUCCAGCUUACAUUUUUUCUCCGAUUUUCAUGAACAAGUAUGGAAGAAAAGUUUUGAUUUCUGGAACACAUAUUAUUGCUGGUCUCUCAUUUUUGGGAAUCGUGUUGUCUUCUGAAGCAUGGCAUAUCCACUUUUGGCUUCUUGGAAAAUUCGCCAUUUCAUGCUCAUUCAUGAGCAUUUACAUGUUUGCAAGUGAGAUCUUCCCAACAGACGGUCGUAACAAGUGUAUUGGAUUCUGUGAGACACUUUCAAGAUUUGGAGGAAUGCUUUCACCAUAUUUAUCCCAUUUGACUGCUGUUCAUGCUCUUGCACCUGCUAUAACAUUAUCAUUAAUAGCUGUAUCUGGUGGUCUAUUAACACUUAUUCUUCCUGAAACACUAAAUACAAAACUUCCAUCGACGAUAGCUGAAACUGCAAGCCGGAGACAAUUGAUUGAUGAUAAAAGUGAUUCAAGUUCAAACUGAUCGAUAUUGGUGCUAUUCCCUAACGGGUCAAAUUUUAAUAUUUUGUUGUGAUAAAAUUUGGACAAAAUUGUGAUCUUACAAGAUUCUUUAUGAAACUUUAUGAAACAAAAACCAGCAUAAUUGAUUGUUGAAAUUAAAAGCGAAUAAAUAAUUUUUUACACAAAAAUC